AGUACUCGGUGUCGGCCGACACCCAAAGCCCAGGUAUCACUAAUCGUAUUGGGCGCUGAAAAAGUUGGAUCAGUGCAUCCCUAACUGUAAUGUUGAUAAGAUUAGAGGAUCAUUGCUUGAAACGACAAAUAGGGCAAAUAGGACAAACGUUACAGGUGGAUUUAGUUAUACAUUCUGCACGUGCAAAUCCAUGCAUUAUAAUUUCCAAUGCCCUCCGAUCAACAUACAUGGCAUGUCUGAGUGAUCUCAUAUCAAAUAGAGUGGGGCAGUGACAGUGAGCGCCACGGAGGCAUCAAGGACAUUUCAGAGUGAGUUGGGCAGCAGUUGCGUGGUGGCUCUGCCGCAAGCAUGGGACCUGGAGGAUUAGUGUCCAAUCAGAGUGGAUUUGAUGUUUACUGACAGCACAUGGGACUUAGCUGAGAGAACUGUAUUUCAUUUGUAUUCAAUGAAGCCGUGCGCCCUGCCUGGCCUCCCCUCCCCGCGCUGUGAAUCUGGCAAACCAAAAGCUGGAACCUGUUGACGAGACAGUGCAUCAUCGGCCGCUUCAGGUACGUGACUCUUCAGGAGAGGGUGAGGGUGAGGGGUUUGAGGGGUGGACUCUAAAUCAUUGGCAUCAUCGCCAUCAUCAUCAUCAUCAUCCACAUCACCAGAUACGCUUGUAUCUGGUUCACAUGACGUCACGGUGGGAAGUGGAAUUAAACAGGCUUUAUUUAGUUGUAAUCCCUCAUAGCAAUCGGCAGAGCAAGUAAAAUGUCCCAGAGACGGGAGAGAUAAACCCCAUUGGAUUAGUACAAGCCCCUGCCCAUCCCAACCUAUAACCAACCUAUCCACUCCUUUUGUUUUUUGUCUUUUUUUUUAUAUCAACAUUUGGUGGCCAGCUACAGCAUGCACCCUGCUACCGUGUCUUUCAUGGAGUAGCUGCUAGCUCUUUAGUGUAUUGUGUUUGUGUGGUUUGGUGUGUUGUGUUUGUGUGUGGUGUCCUCUUUCCUUGCGCACAACAAGCCAGCAUGACCAGAGAUUAAUUAUUCAAGGACUGCCAGCCAAAGGGGGAGUCAUCUGAUAGUACGGACCUACAAUAUUACAGCCUGAUAGCAGGUGAAACGGUAGACCCUGCUUCAUCUUCUUUUUUUCUUGUACUACUCCUCUCUGCGUUCCAUUUUUUGGUGCUAAAGUACAUGAAGACUUGAAAGACAACUUUCAACACAGCUACAAGUGGAAAUUUUUUUCUGUUUUUUGUUUUUUUUCCUCCCUUAAUCUUCUCUUUUUUUUUUUGCUUUUUUGCCAAUGCUUGUCCCUAACAAACAUUUGAGUCUUGGUCGCUCCCACAGUUGGGACACAUUAGGAGGGAAUGAGGGUCAGUGGGACAGGGCUGAGAGUGUCUACGAGCAGCAGGCAAGAGUAAACGGCCGGCGUAGCUCCCUGUCAUACGGAGAGGGAGGAGGCUGGUACGAGCCUCCACCAGGAGUGCGUCCCCCUGACCUGGAUUUGAAACGCGACCAGUAUUCCUACCAAGACUCUCCGUACGGACAGGUUUACGCAGACCGACAGGACCCACGGGGGCUGAGGAAGGGCUCUGUGCCUGAUCUAAACCACUACGAACGUGCGCCCAUGGCUCACCGAGGAUCCAUUCCACAUCAGGAAUACUAUUCCCAUGACCCGGCUAUGACUCCACGGCCACCUGAGGGCUUUUACCGGCCAGAACACCAGCCUCCGCCGCCUCACCCGCUCAGUAGGUCGGGGUCUCAUUUUGGGAUGGCACCUGGGGCUCGCGCUGUGUGGGAUCAAGGUCAGGGAGGAAGAGUUGGACCUCAAGCCCCCACAUCGCCUCUACCUCCUCCUCCCCCUCCUCCGACCGCUCAUGAGUUGAGUCGAGCUUAUAGGGAACCUGGUGCUGUAGCUGCUGCCAAAAUGAUGCCAGAUGGCCAACAGCGCAUACCCUCGCGAGAGCCAUCUCCUGCUCACUAUGGUAUGGAGCAUGCAUCCCCUCGGUAUGCCAGUGAGCCUCCACCUCUGACCGGUCAGUCGGUCUAUACUGAUGUUAAUGGCCGCCCGUUGGAUUCGCAGCAAGCAGCUACCUGUCUAGUAGUAGAUCCUGUCACUCAAGGUAUGAUUAUGAGGCAAGAGGCUGCCUCACCUUACACCAUCCAACAACAGCAGCAAUUGCAGCAGCAGCAACAACAAAUACAGCAGCAACAGUUACAACAGCAGCAGCUUCAACAGCAACAAAUGCAACAGCAGCAGUUACAGCAACAGCAAUUUCAGCAACAACAAAUACAGCAGCAACAAUUGCAACAGCAACAGCUUCAACAGCAGCAGUUACAGCAGCAGCAACUUCAGCAAGAACAAUUGCAGCAGCAUCUGCAACAGCCCCUGCCACCUCCACCUACCAUGCCCGUCUCAGACCCUAGCCUUUCUAUGAUGGCUCCACUUCCUGCUCCACCCGCACCAGUGCAGACCGCACCAGUUUCUCCGGCCGCACCUGCCCUUGUGCAGGCUGUCCAAACUUCAAUCCCUCCUCCCCCAGUCACCCCACAUCCUGCUCCUCUUCCCCCCACUGCCCCACAGACGCCUUUACCUGUGGACCCCAAGAAGGCAGUUGACCCUGAGUUCCUUGCACUGCUGCGAAAUGAGGGCCUCUCGGAGAGCACCAUCUCCUCAAUUACCCAUCAGGGAUUUGACUCCAUUAGCAUGCUGGCCGUUAUGGAGGAGAACGAUGUUCGCACCGUCGCCCCCAACCUCGGCCAGGCUCGUGUACUGUCUCGCUUGGUCCACAACUGCAAGCGGCCCGUUGAGGCUACGCCAGCCCCCUCCCAACCUCAGACACCCAUGCGAGGCCGCUCCAAUAGCUUUAGCCAUCGCUCAGACAUCUACCACCACCAGCAGCAACAUCAUCCAACGCACCCGUCACAGGCUUUGACCGUGGACCCCCAUAUGAUGCACCCGCAGUCCCCUGGGGCCAUGCAGACCAUCUCCCCAAGGAUAGGCGAAAUGAUGGGUAGGAGGCCCAACAGUGCCCCCUCUCAGCACCUCCUAGAAACCUCUGGAGGCUACCCAGGCCAACCACCUCGCUCCCCGGGGCCAUACACUGGAGCACUUAUGCCUGUUCAAUCAAGACCGAUGUCCGCCUACUCUUCUGGGGUGACGCUGUCAGGGAUGCCCAUGCAUGGUAUGCAGAUAAUGCCACAGCACAUGACUGGGUCAAUGCCUGCCAUGCCAGGGUCUAUGCACUCCAUGCAAGGUAUGCCACAGCAGAUGCCCCUGUCCAUGCCAGCUUUACCGCAGCCACCACAACAGGUACCAAAAGCAUACUCUACCAAUUACACAGUGCCCAUGGAGCUGAUGAAGAGGGACAGGAACAUACUGCCAUUGUCACCCAUGCACAGCCCUCACCCCAGCCCUCAGCUGAUGCGUAAGGGUGGGGGUACUUCAAUGGACAAUGCCAUCGUCCCUAUGGGAGCACCAGGCCAAAGCCAAGGUGUCCUUGCUGCUAACCAGAAGUUAAGUCGACGCACGGGUCCACCAGUCAUCGUGUCCACUAUGGUGUCUCCAGAUACAAGUAAAUUAUUUUUUUUUUUCUCCUUUCAUCCUUAUCAUCCGUUGUUUGUCUGAUUUCUUGAUACAUUUGGUCUUGCUUUCUCUUGGCUGGUUCACAUGUUUUUAAUAGAUAAGGAAAUUGAUUUGUGCUAGAGCUCUUCAUUUUUUUUGCAUGCUUUAUGUAAGACACCAUUCCCCCAUUCCUCUCGUUGCUUUGAAUAGCUCCACAAAGCAGUGCUGCUGCAUUGUUAAGAAUCAUAUCAUGCUUUCACAAUUUGGUUGACGCUUCUAAGAGCUCUUC